UCUAACAAACAUAUUGAAUGAGCGUCCGAGUUUGAACAUGUACCAGAGCGGCGAGUCACUCAUGCGAAUGUCUCCCCCUAGCCUGGUCUCCUCGCUGCUCAUGGAAAGUUCCGGAACCUUCAACGCAGAGUCUAUAGAUAGCCGUAAAUCUAUUCCUUCUCAUAAGGAUUCAGGUCUUCCAAUGUCAGGGCGCGACAGCAUCGACCCGAUGAUGACGAGCAUGACACUCAGCAUCCUCGACGAGAAGGACAUGAGCACCAGCUUCCUCUCCCAAACCACGUACCCUGACAACGACAGCCUCAUUGACUCCCUCCCACCCAGCCUUGUCAGCUCCGUCAAUUCCUCCUACGUAAUCUCCAACACCUCCAAACCGAAAGACAGCACAGACUCCAACAUCUUCAGCUCAGCAACGUUCACACACCUCGAACAAUCAGAAAAACUCCUUUCUGCCCGACCUCGGUGCCAACUCUACAACAGCUUCACGAAACGAGAAUCCGCCAUACGAAACUCCGAAAGCUACACAAAAUCCCGCGAAGAAGCGUGCCAAAUUGACACGGGCAAAAUUCUAAACGAAAAUACUGAUAAGAAAGACUCGCCUAAAACUAUACCCAAACCUAACCCAGAAAUGGCUGAAACGAUCACCUUACACUACUCUAAUAAUAGGUUUAGAAGGGAUAAUGACGCUGAGAAAGAAAACUUUGAAACUGACGACGCAUUUUACAAGGAUAUGGGGAUGCCGAGGCCUGAGGACAUUGGUCGGAGUAGUCUGAAUGUGACCUUAGGAAAGCAGGAGUUGAAUGAGAUUAUUCAGGCUCGCCAGAAGCUGUCACUAGCGAGGAAGGCGUUGCCCACAGAACCGGAGAAGGUCCUACCUCCUCAAGUGGACACUUCGCCUAUCAAAACCAUUCAGUUACCGAACCAAACUAUAACGGUACCCCGACAAAGUAUGGAGAACGCUUCAGAGCUGCUAUCAAGGCGGAGAGCGUUAAACGGCAAUGGUUUUGAUAGACAAGAAGAACCACCGACUAGGGAAACUCCCAAAAGGAAUGCUACGUUUAAGAAACUAUCACCUAAAGCUAGCGCUAUGGACACAACGGUUGUUUACGUGAAGUCAGACGAUAAUCAGAUAAUAGAUAUUAAUUCAGCAACACUUAAUUUAAUAGAUGUCGGCGAGAGGACCCUGCAGCAGGACGUUCGGGAGUGGGGAUCACAAGAGCGAGCGAUGGUAGGUUCGAGUGAGAGUACAGACACGGGCACCUUCAGCUCGUCCAGUCCACCUGACAGUGUCCCUGAUCAUGUUCCCACACACGAUACACGCCCACAAAUCGCAUCAACACCCCUCAUGUCACUAAGAAAAGGAUCUAAGAAUGACUUGAUGAACCUCCAUAAUACAAUAUCUCCUAUAUACGAUAUGAUUGAUGAUAAAUCAUAUACGGUAACUAAAGUACCAAGUUCGACACCCAGUUGUGACAUGCACAAUACAACAGUUAUAAAUAGUGCUACGUUGGUCAAGAGGUCUGUGAAAAGGGAUAUUAUGGCGGGAAAGGCUAGUCCGGAGAAGAAAAUGUUCGCUCCUAGUGUUAUGCCUAAACCUACGAGGACGAUACCUGCUGCUGCUGCUUCAUACGGUUCUAUGGUUCCCCCUGCCGGCGUACCGAGGAAAACAAGCUUGCCAACGUCAAAAUUAAGACAAUACAGUUCACAUAGGGAACUUAGCAGGAUACCCGGCGGACAAAUCCCGGCAACAACUACAGGUCUACCGCGCGGCGCACUAGGCGGGCGAGGUAUCACGCGACGCGCAGUGUACGCGUCCAAUCCGGCACUCAGUCCCACGGCCAGCGCACCGCCUGACCAUCCACUGCCCACCGAGUCUUAUACCAUUGCUACACACCACAAAUUAGAAGAUAAAACAGCCUCUAAAACCGAUAUCCCGCCCACGCCACCGUUAGUUCGACAAGGCACUGAGACUCUAAGAAGAGAGAGACCACAAAGCCAGUUGGUGGCUCCGAGAGACCUCCGCGCGACCGCGGGCAGUGGCGUGCCUGUCUCCAUGCGAAACCAUCACUUACCUGUGAGUGUACACUGUCUAGUGUCUACAUACACUCGUGUACACAGUGGCCUGUAGUAUAGGAACAGAUAAAUAAGUGUCAUAUUAAAUAUAGCAUGUUCGUAAAUGAAAGCAAACGUUUUUGCGAUCAGUAGAUGGCGCUGGUGAUGAUUUAGAUCUUGUUCGUAAUAUUAGAUUUCAACCAAAAAGUCUAUAGGACUAGAGUUAUUAAUUCCAUUGUUAGUGGC